CUUGCAAGGACUGGACUAGUGUAUUACUAAUACGUGUCUGUGGGUUGGGCCAAACACGUGCAACCUUUGAUCCUCGACGACCAGCAGCAAUCAUGCCACAGGAAGGCUUGGGUGUUCCCGUCAAGCUCCUACACGAGUCUCUAGGCCAUAUCGUCACCGUAGAGCUCAAGACAGGCCAAUUGUACCGUGGUAAACUUGCCGAGGCUGAAGAUAACUUGAAUAUUUCUCUCAAGGAUAUUACCGUCACUGGUCGGGAUGGUCGCGUAUCUCAACUGGACCAAGUUUAUAUUAGGGGGAGUAUGAUCAGAUUCUUCAUAGUACCAGACAUGCUACAGAAUGCCCCCAUGUUUAAACGGGUGGGUCCAAAUGCCAUGCGAGGAAGGGGUAUUGGUACGGCACGUGGACGUGCAACGAUCAUGCGAGCCAACGCACGUCGUGGGCGCGGUGUACCCGCGCCUCGUGGUAUCAGACGAUGAGCACAAUCGCUUCGCAUUGGUACCCAAAAAAUUUUCUACAAAGAUGUUGUACUGCGUCAAAAAUGUUAUUUGUACUCCCGGAUUCUGCGCAAUUCACCUUUGUUUGUGAAGGGGAGCGACACAGUAAUUCAAAAUUCAAAAGUCGG